GUCGCCACCGCUAGGACACACACACAAGAGCACCGUGCACUUUCCAAACUCUAUUGCAAUUUGAGAGAAAAUAAAACAAUGCAUACAGGAAAUUUCUGUAACUAUUGAACGCUGUGCAACGGCGAUCCGUGCUUAUGGACUUUUAAUUGCAUCGCGCAACACUGCAUCAGCGGUUGAACUUUUUUGGUCGCAAUUGAAAACAGAAGCUCAUGAUUUAACUGCCUGACUGCGCAUGUGCUCCACGCACAAAUAAAAGGCUGCUUCGUUACCAACUUCUCCUUUUUCCUCUAAAUAAGUUAACUUUCUUCUCUAAAAUUGGCUCCUGUACAAACAGCCGCGUUGGAUCCCUCGGGCUACUGCGAGACUCCGGUGUACAACCCGGAUCUCUGUCCAAAUAUGAUCGCCACCCAGGCCAAGCUGGUGUAUCAUCUCAAUAAAUACCACAACGAGAAAUGCCAGUCUCGGAAGGCGGCCAUCUCCAAGACCAUCCGGGAAGUGUGCAAGGUAGUCUCCGACGUCCUGAAAGAGGUAGAGGUCCAGGAGCCCCGUUUCAUCAGCUCCUUAAACGAACUGGAUAACCGCUUCGAGGGGCUCGAGGUCAUCUCGCCUACUGAAUUCGAGGUGGUCCUCUAUCUUAACCAGAUGGGGGUCUUCAACUUCGUGGACGACGGCUCUCUGCCGGGAUGCGCGGUGCUCAAGCUCAGCGACGGGCGGAAAAGAAGCAUGUCUCUCUGGGUUGAGUUCAUCACGGCUUCGGGAUACCUGUCGGCGCGCAAAAUCCGCUCCAGGUUCCAGACGCUCGUGGCGCAGGCGGUGGACAAGUGCAGUUAUAGGGACGUCGUUAAAAUGGUCGCGGACACAAGCGAGGUGAAAUUGCGCAUCAGAGACAGAUAUGUGGUUCAAAUUACCCCAGCUUUCAAAUGCACUGGCAUAUGGCCGCGCAGCGCUGCCCAUUGGCCGCUGCCUCACAUCCCGUGGCCUGGCCCAAACCGGGUGGCUGAAGUCAAAUCCGAAGGUUUCAAUCUGUUGUCGAAGGAGUGCUACUCGUUGAACGGGAAACAGAGCUCUGCGGAGAGUGACGCCUGGGUGUUGCAGUUCGCCGAAGCUGAGAACCGACUACUGCUGGGAGGGUGCAGAAAGAAAUGCCUGUCCCUGCUGAAGACAUUACGCGACCGUCAUCUUGAACUACCGGGACAGCCUCUCAACAACUACCACAUGAAAACUCUGGUGUCUUACGAGUGCGAAAAACACCCGCGAGAGUCGGACUGGGACGAAAACUGCCUCGGGGAUCGACUGAACGGGAUUUUAUUGCAGCUCAUUUCGUGCUUGCAGUGCAGGAGAUGUCCCCAUUAUUUUCUACCCAAUCUAGACCUUUUCCAAGGGAAGCCUAAUUCGGCCCUUGAAAAUGCAGCCAAACAGACUUGGCGACUGGCAAGAGAAAUUCUAACCAACCCUAAAAGCCUGGAGAAGCUCUGAGACUGGGAGAAGCCUGGGGACCUCAACAAGUCCUCAAUCACAGCAGCCCCAGACACUAGGCUGUGGGUCCACAGAGAUGCAAUGACAACUUACCAAGGACAGGCA